UCUUUUUCUCCUCCUCCUCCUCUUCCUACUACUACUUCCUUUUUUCUUUUUUUCCUUUCUUCCCUUCUACAUUUCCUCGCCAUUGACAUUGUUAUUAUAUCCAUUCACUCCCUUAUCUUUCACAUUCCCUUCAUUUUCUUCGAUUGUUCGAUCAUGAGAGAAGCUGUAAUAUUUGUCACAUGUUUACUGGGUAUCGUAUUUGCUGGAAGUCCUAGACUACCCAGAACCUCUGCUGAUGAACGUAAUACACGUAACGUUAGUAACAAUGGAGGCAACAUCACUGGAAACACGAUACCAAUACCUAAUCGCAAUUCUCAACGAAACAGAGAGCAAUACCUCUUCAAUGUUUUCGAAGUUAUAGUUUCGACUUUGGAAUCAAAAUUACAGCGCAUCGAAAAUCUGGAUAAAGCAGUUGAACACUUGAUGAGAAGAGUGGAAGCUUUGGAUUCACGUGUACACGAUAAUAUCGAUAAAACCGACGCAGUCAUUGCAAAGCUACGAACCUUAGACCUUAAACUUUUUAAUUCUCGUCAAAUUGAAUUUUCUUCAACCGAAUCUGCAUACUCGGCGAUCGAUGAUAAAAAUGACAGUGAACUUAGAAAUGGCUCGAAGUUAAAAGCAAUCCAUCGUAAGCCAGAAGAAGUACCAUCACCCGAGACCGUUGGUGAAAAAUUGCUAUCGCUCGAUCAAAAGGUAUCGGACAUAGAUAAUAAACUGAUCGAUUUGAAACAUCAAUUGGAUAAUAAUUUGUUACAAAAUGAGGACAUAAACGCCGAAGCUAGUGAAAAAAAGCCAGUUAGCAUGAGUGUGAUUGAAAUCACGAAAGCGAUGAGUAACGAAGUAAUAAAUCACAUUACAAUUGAGAUAGAAAAUUUAAGACAAGCGACUAAUAAUAUGGACAGAAAGUUACAGUUCCAUGUAAACCUAGUUUCGGAUCGUUUGGGAAGCAUUUACAACAUGAUGACCGACGUACAUGAUGCGAUAUUAGUCAGAGGUACUACGAACGGUCGACCAGCGUUCAACGUUACGACAAUGAAAACCACCGAACCAUCACCACCGAAACAAAGUAAAAUUGAUCGACUCGUUGAGCAAAUAUAUCCGGUGUUGACUGUUUCGGAAAAGAUGGACGAAGUUUGGAACGUUGUGGUUGGCACAAAAAGUUCCGUGGAUGAUCUUUUGCCAAAAUCCGAGGAAUUACUUACACAAACACAAAGACAAGAAAGAGCAAUUAGUGAAAUCCAUGCAGAUUUAAGAUCGAAAACGAAUAAAAUUAUCGAGAAUUUGGAAGGAGUUGAGAAUAGGCUACGAAAGCAGGAGGAUGACGUUGCUAGUCUUGCUCAACGUCCAAUCCCAGCGGAAUUGCUGCUCGAUCCCACGAUUGACCGCCUUGUCGAAUAUGACUCAAAUAGAUACGUUGGACUUUCCGACGACAUUCCAGUCGAAACAACCGUUUCACCGGUGAAUCCUACAACCAUCGUUUCGUCUGUGUCGAUGUCUAUGUCUUCCUCGACUUCGUCAAACACCGUAUCAAUCAAUAAUUUCAAUAAUUCAAGCAAUAUCGCUGGUUCCACUAAUUUUCCUAAUUCGACAGCCAGUCCUGGAAUAUCGUUGUCUUCGAGUUCGCAACGAUCUUCCUCUAAGAAUCGCGGUGUUAUAUUUCCAAGUGUUAAAAAUAAACCAAGUCCAGCAAAUUCAACCUUUAGCACCGACGUAUUUCUUAGUUAUAAGGAUGUUAAGGGCUAUUCGUGCGUUGAUUUACUAAAUGCAGGCAUGAGAGACAGUGGUGUUUAUUAUCUUCAAAUUCGCGGAACAACUUAUUGGUUUCUCAAGGUUUACUGCGAACAAGAUGUCGCUGAAGGCGGUUGGACGGUCAUUCAAAGAAGAGACGAUUUCGGAGAGCCAAGAGAAAAUUUCAAUCGCGAUUGGGCUGAUUACAAAAAUGGUUUCGGUGAUCCUGCUCGAGAGUUUUGGCUUGGCAACGAGAACAUAUAUAUGUUAACGAACAACGAAGAUUAUACGCUCAGAGUGGAUCUCGAAGAUUUCGAAGGUAACAAAAGAUAUGCACAAUAUUCUCACUUCAAAAUCUAUUCGGAAGGAGAAUAUUAUAAAUUAGAGAUUGACGGCUACGAGGGAAAUGCCGGUGACUCAUUAAACGAUCCUUGGUACGGUUCAAAUAAUAGUCCGUUUUCCACGUACAACAGAGACAAUGAUAGAUCAUCGUUGAAUUGUGCGUCCAUGCUGAAAGGCGGAUGGUGGUGGAAAUCGUGUGGUCGAGGAUUAAAUGGUCUUUAUUUGAACGAUCCGCAAGAUUUAACCGCUCGACAAGGUAUUGUAUGGUUCCGUUGGAGAGGUUGGGAUUAUACUUUGAAACGUGCCACAAUGAUGAUCAAACCAAAAGGACCAACAACAACCAUGCUAUAAUAUAGGGAGAUUAUAAUGAUUAUAAGUUUUCUAGAAGAAUUCCGCUGCGUCCGUAAUGCUUGGUACAACGUACGCAACUUGUCGCAGUUACCAAAUAUACAUAUGUACAUACACAUGUAAGAAUGUUUGGAAAUGUCGGACGAGAAAACAGUUUUUUAACGAAUAUUCCUUCCCUUUAUAUUUUUUUUUAUUAAAUACAUUUCAAUUCGGCGUAUUUUUAAGAUUCUAUUAUUUAUUUCAGUAAAAUCUUUCUCUCGCUGAAUUUGAUUCCGUCUUAUCAACAGUUCAAAACGUACAAAGCGUACAAAGCGAUUAUAAUAUGUAAUUGUUAUAAUCAUCGAUCGUCAUAAAUGUUUGUAAUGUUUGUAAAACGUAAAAUAAUGAAACUGUCGAUGUAUAAUCCAUAUGUCGAAUUAAAUUCAAUGACAUUGUUAA